AAAAGUGUCCAAGGCUGUCCCAGUGGUGCUGGUAGAGAACAUGAGAUUCCUAAGAGUAGGGACAAAGAACAAAGCUCCCUAAAGCUUAGAGUGCCCAUUCCUGGGAAUAGGUAAAAACAAACUGCCAAGAUCCAGGGCAUUAAACCAUGGCAUUGAGCAACUAACAUCAGUAACCCAUGAGACUUCUAGUUCUUUGAUCUGAAAAUGUGUGGGAAGCCAAAGAUGGUUGGGAAAGUGUUCGGUGGCCAGGACACAUUGGCUGGCCAGUGGCCAUGGCAGGCCAGCCUGCUGUACCGGGGCGUGCAUCUCUGUGGAGCUGUCCUCAUCGACUCCCACUGGCUGGUUUCCACAGCCCACUGUUUUCGAAACAAAUCCCAGGCCCCAGAGGACUUUGAGGUGCUGUUGGGAAAUAAUCAGUUGUACCAGGAAACAAAGCACACUCAGAAGAUUUCUGUGAACCAUAUCAUCAAUCACCCAGACUUUGAGAAGUUUCAUUCUUUUGGGAGUGACAUUGCAAUGGUGCAGCUGCGUCUGGCUGUAAACUUCACAUCCUAUGUUGCACCUGCCUGCCUCCCAUCUAAAGACACACAGCUCUACAACCACACAUCCUGUUGGAUAACUGGUUGGGGAAUGCUUUCUGAAGAUACAAAACUGUCACCACCAUUCUCACUCCAGGAGGGUGAGGUGGGCAUCAUUGAGAACGAGCUCUGUGAUGCCUUAUAUGGGCAAAGAGCAGAUCAAAGCAGGAACUAUGUACAUGAGGAGAUGCUGUGUGCAGGGGGCCUUUCCACAGGAAAGUCCAUCUGCAGGGGUGAUUCUGGGGGUCCCCUCAUCUGCUACCACAUCAGUGUAUGGGUCCUGGUAGGACUGGCCAGCUGGGGCCUGGACUGUCGGCAUCCCAUUUACCCCAGCAUCUUCACCAGGAUCACCUACUUCACUGACUGGAUCAGCCAAGUCAAGAGACUCACUCCACUUCCAGAACCAGGAUCUAUGUCUCUUCACACAGAACUUCAAUCCAAACCUCUCAAGGCUGCUGGCUCCCCACAACCCUGCAGCAUCCUUAUGGCUGCACAAAUCUGGUUCCUGCUGCUAUUUAUCCCUGAAGCUCCACAGUGGGCUUCAAGGUGAGCACCAGGCAUUUAAGCAUUCCUUACUUAGCCUUUUUUCCCUGAGAUACAGCCUCCACUCCUUUGUUUACCAUCUGCACCUUUUCCUCAUCGUAUCUGGCUAUUCACUGUUACUACCCCCCAAAAGCAUAGAAAAACCUACCAAUAAAGCUUUAUCUUUCUUCA